AACCCAAAUUAACAAAAGAGAUCCUGAAUAACAGUAAUAGUAACAGUAAGCAAGCAUUAUUAACCAUCAUCAUCAUCCUUGUUCCUAGCACAAACUUUACCCAACGAUUCCAUUUACUGCUGCUACUACCGCCCAAAAGUUAUCUUCCGCAAAUUCCACCCUUUCGAUUCACAUUCUCUCUCUCAAACCUGCUUUCUCAAACACCCAUGUGGAGAGGGUGAGGAGCAGAAGAAACCCUUCAAAUGGAAAAACUCUGAAAUUAGGGUUUUGGUUUCCCCCAAAGGGAGAGAAGGAAAAAAGAAAGAAGGAAGGAGGGAGGGGAUGAUGAAACGGCUGUUGGGUGGGCCCGGGACGAUUAGCGGGUUCCUGUUGAGGUUCGGCCAAUGCGCCUUCGGUGCCGCUUCGAUUGCUAUUAUGGUCACUUCCUUUGGCUUCUCUAGCUACACCGCUUUCUGUUUAAAAAAUGUCAUCUCUCAUCUUGGAUCGUGCUAUUUAAUUGCAUCAAUGGGACUUCAAGUGCUCUGGAGCUUUGGACUCGCAUGCCUUGAUAUUUAUGCUUUGAGGAGAAAGAGAGACCUACAAAAUCCAAUUCUUGUCAGCCUGUUUGUUGUUGGUGAUUGGGUAACAGCGACUUUGUCACUUGCUGCCGCAUGCUCAUCAGCUGGAAUCGUAGUAUUAUAUGCAAGAGACCUGACUGUAUGUGCGACUAGUAAGCGUCUCACGUGCAACAGGUACCAGGUUUCUGUAGCCAUGGCUUUUCUCACCUGGGUUCUCACAGCGAUGUCAUCGCAUGUGAUGUUCUGGAUCUUGGCCUCAGUCUAGCUUGACGUAUUUUCUUUGCUAGACACAAGAGACCAACAUAGAUAUCACCGUAUCUUUGAUAGCUCUUGUAAAUUUUGAUGUAUCAUUACCUGUCAUGACAUGUGGGCAAAAUAUUCCCUCUUGUCCCUUCUCAAAACUUUGAUUGAUUUUCCAUUUUUCAAUCUUGCCGCGCACGCCUUUCUAAGUCUAGAUAUAGAUUCUGGUUAAAUGUAAGCCUUGGACAUGAUCUGUAAACUUCCCUAUUGUAGCCAAGAUGUUCUCUUUGUGCUGGGUGCAUGCGGUUGUAUAUAUUCUUGUUUUUUUCUUUUUUGUCUACAAUGACGGCAUUGAAAAUUAAACCUAAAUCUUCAG